AUGGUAGCGAUCCGAGGCAAGAAGACCGCCGCGACGACGAAGCGGAAGGCGCUAGCAGCCAAGAUCAAGGCGUCUGCCGCGAAAGACGCCGACACGACGUGCGUGACGCGACUCGUCUCCCAGCAUACGAUCACGCGGCACCGCGAGAAGGAGUUCCUGGCGCUCGUGCGCUUCGCGUUGCAGAGCAACUUGGCGCUGACUGGCCGCGCCGGUACCUCCGUCCUGGCCACGUGCAACGCGCUGCUGACUUCGCUGUGCGCCAAUGGGAAAGACAGGGCGCUGACGCCGACGCAGAUCCUGGCCAAGCUGCCGCGGAACGAGCGCAAACGCGUGUGUGGCGCCAUCUUUUCGGCCGAUGAGAUCUCGUACAGCUGCCGCAAUUGCCAGCUGGACGCAACGUGCGUCAUGUGCAAGGACUGUUUUGUCUGUAGUGAUCACGCUGGCCACGACGUGUACUUCCAGAGGACGACAGCAGGCAGCUCGUGUGACUGUGGCGAUGUCCAUGCGUGGAAGAAAAGCGGGUUUUGUUCGAGGCACAAAGGAGUCGAUCGGUCGAGCGUGGGAGUGCAGAAACAUAAGCUGCCACGAGCCAUUUGCGUAGCGGCGACUGUUGUGAUUGAUGCGGUUGUGGAACAUAUUUACCAAGUGAUGCUGGGAACCGAGUACGGGUUUGAGCUCGCAGAAGCUCUGGAGCUAUUUACGAGAGACAUUCCACCAAACGUGCUACCAAUUCAGAGUGACAUGGUUGUGGCAGAUGCUGUCGGAAGUAACGCAAGCACUGCACGUAGUGCGAAUCGAUCUACAGUGGCAGCAACACGAUCAAUGCGGUUGUCGGCGCAAUAUACGAAUGAGCCUGGAUCGAGAACCGUCGGACCUGGUGGCAGGCUAGAGGCACAGGCAAACGAAGUGAAGCAUGAGACGAGUAGCUCAAGCGACGAAGUGCUUUUUGGCAUCCGUCUUCAUAAUGACGACAUUCACUCGCUGAAUGAAGUGAUUGAUCACCUAUACGUGGAGUUGGGUCUGUCCAAAUCUCAGGCGCGCAGUGUUGUCAGUCAAGUAGACGACCAAGGCGACGCCACGGUAUCGACGAAAGCGCUGCUGCUGUGUCCAGGAGUUGUUGGAAAUCUAGCGCGUCGCUCACUGAACAUCUCUGUUGCCCCAACUUGGUGGGAAAAGCAGAUGGAAGGAUUGCCUGAUCUUUUGGAGUGGCUGCAAUAUAUUAGCACAACAUCAGAUGGGCUUAGCGAGAUUGUGUCGGAAGCACUUCAAAAGCAGCGAGCUCCUGUCCUCCACGGUUUCGUGCCCGUGUCACGCACUUUGCCUCAGAAAAAGACGUUUCAGGAGUUCGUGAGAGAGCGCCAUAUCCGCCUGCAUGACCACGCUUCGGAUGUUCUGAUUGCCCUCGUCGCUGGAGGUAAGGACGUACACACGUGGGCGUGCGAGCAAGAAACAGCGCAGCGUCAGCGCUUCGAUUUUCGUGCUCAAGGUGGCACAGCCUCCGUAGUGCCUACCGGGCUGCUCGCUGGCGGGAAACAUGUUAGCUGCCGGAACAUGUUUCUCGAAGAGUUCGUCAAGGCCGUGUCGCUGAGUCCAUCGUACCGCAAUCACGAGCGUGUCCGGCAACGAUUUGACGCUGUAGUGGCAACGUAUUUCGCAUCGGAUCGAACAAGUGAUGUUGAUGCUGCUGCAUCAGCUCUGACGCUACUGAUGCGGUACGAUUGUACAUUGCGGAGAAACGCGGUAGAGCGAUUGCACGCGUUGUUACGCGAGCAUCUGGUUGAUAUUCAGUUCCGGGCUAGCAUGCUCGAGGCAUAUCUGCGCUCGUACGCCUCAAUGACCCGUAUGUUCCUCCGUGGCUUGGACAAUUCAAAUGAGUCCAUAUUCGAUUUUGCCGAGCAGUUCUUGACGGUGCCGCAUCUCGUGCAAAAAUACACUGCAUCCUCUGGAAAGCUGGAGCUGGUCCGCGAGUUGCUCUGCGCAUUAAAUACGGUACUUGCAUCUGCUGUCGACGGAACGAAAGGGACGCUGAACGCUGAUCACCCUGCUCUGAGCAGUCAGAAGUAUAAGCACUGUGUCGAGAACAUGGAAUGCGUCUUCAGCAUUUGUACUCUUUCGAGUGACCUAGUGCUUAGCGCGGACAAUUUAGAAAUUUGGCUAUCUUGUUUGAGCAUUCUUCAGGGUGGUGAUCCUCAAGUACGUCGAGGCUUCCACCAAAACCACGUGGAAUACGAGUCAGACAGCUGGUUGUCGAUGUUUAAUCUUGGCAUUCGCAUCCACUCGAUUUUUGCGAUCGCCUGGAACGGUUUUCAUUCGCCGGAGUUUGCACCGUCCGGAGAAAAAGUGACCGCAGUAGUCAGGUCUGUACUCGAAGCUACUAUUUCGUCGUCAAUCCGCGCUAAUGAACAAGUGGCAAAGAAGACGUUGGUUCCAGUGGUGGGGCUUCUGAACGCGGACAAAGUGGGUGCUGAUACACAAGAAGAGCGUAUUGUGACAUACGACUUUAACGUAGCAUCCCAGCCGACCUCGCUUCACAUACCUUUGCACCGUUUCCUGGCAGCUGCAGUGCGGCAUAUCUGCAUCAGUUUACCAGGUUUAGGAGAUUCCAUUCCUUCGGACGGAUUUUUGAGAAUUUUCAGUUUUGAUCGAUUGUCAGGUGACAUGCAAUGGGAGCUCGUGGAGAUGCCACUUCGAUGUCUGGUGAUGGCAUCCCAAAUCCAGUCCAAUCUUUGGCGUCGGAAUGGAGAUGAAAAUAUGCUAGCACAGCUGUACAACUACUCAGCUCUUCCUUAUUGUAUUCACUAUCGUGAUGCCGACACACUAAUGCUGCAGCUCAGUGUUCUCAUGACUGGGCCUGACGCCCUUUUGGCACGAAUGGUAGAUCGAUUCCAACUUGGCAGUUAUCUUGCACUGCCUCGUGCGACCAGUGCCAACCAAGAUAGCUCGGUAGGAUCUGACGAUCUGAUGAAGCAGCUCGGGUUUGCGGAAGAAGAACGAGGAAUGGAUAAACAGCAAAGCCUCCAGAUGCUUGAGGAAUUUCUGCGUCUCGUGAUCACACUUGGUACAAGUCUUCCGAGCGCGACUGGUGCAACGUACGAUAACGAAUAUCUGGCAGAAGAGAUGCUGCAGCAGUUGUGUGCAAAGUCACUCCCGUUUAGCAAGCUCUCUGACCUAGCUGUUCUACCAUCAGGCCAGGAUGAUAUCCCAACAGCGCAACUGGAAGAAGUUCUUGCGACGGUGUCUGAUUUUGUGCCGUCAUCUGGGCUUGAGCCGGGUCGUUACCAAUUGAAAGAGGGUGUGCUGGAGAGCUACAACCCAUACUUUCUUCACUUAAACCGCGAAGCGCACGAGCUAGCUCGGGAUCGUUGGACGAACUACCGCGAUGCAUACCGCCUGAAGUCGAAGCAGGCUGCCCCCGAGAGACCCCCGAAGGAGCCAUUGAAGGCAGCCAAACCUCCGCUUGAUUUCUUACGCCCAGUCCAAGCUGUCCUGACAUGCGAGAGUACCGUGGCGAUUAUCCAUGUGAUUCUUUGGAAGGUGCUUUCCUCAUGUCAUUCUGAGUCAGCAUCUGCAGGUUCGGAGAAAAGUGUCUCCGACGCAAUUGUGUCAACCAGUUUGCACUUGCUGGUCCACGGCGUCCACACGGCGUCAUUUGACUCCGACGAGCGCUUCUGGACUCGACUGAGCGUGACAAAAGCUGCUACCUCUGGACUGUCACUUCUCAACCUGUUGAGCCAAUUGUUCGAGCGGUCGACAGUUUUACUUGAUAGCGAACAGAUCGGUACGGUCGAGUGGCUGAUUUGGAAAAUCUCAGUCGAAUCACCUGUUUGCAGAAAAGCAUUCGAGCAGUGUGCUCGCGAUACAGGAGUAAAGCAAAAGAAGACUGACGUGUCGCUUUUGCUUCUGAGUGGUUCUGUAAAUGGUGGCUCAUCUUCAUCGAUGACGCUGGAACAACGAAAAAUAGAGGCAAGGAGAAGAGCAAUGGCUACCAUGGCAAAGCGCCAAGCCGAUUUCCAAGCGAUGGUGGAUGUUGCGGAUAAAAAAAGGGAAGUGGAGAUGGAUCAGCUGGAGAAAGGCGCGUCGACGUAUGAAACCCGUUCGUCGCUGGGUAAACGUAAGGCUUCGACUGCUGACCAAGUGGAGGAAGUUACCUCGGCGAGCCGGAAACUGGACAAUGAGCGGAGCUACAAGUGCAUUCUUUGCCACGACACCUCGGCUCAAGGCCAAAUGGGAAUAGCAGCCUACGUUCAUCAGUCUACCGUCUUGGCUCCUGGGUUUAGACCAGAGCCAAGCGAGGCGCUGGGCUUGGAGGGUAAAAAGACGCGUCUUCGUGUAAAAAGCAUGAUCGAGGAGAUGGGUCUGUGUUCAGGUGGCAGCACGCCCUCAUCCGAUAUUGCAAAUUUGUCACCCACCUUGCGUGCUUUCGCAAACACGUUUCCUGAAUGGUACAUGGACGGCAUGUUGGAUGACCAGCUUACUCGCGACAACACAGCACAUAACAGUCCUCGCCCGCCAACGACUCGCCGCUUGCGCAAUGAUCGCAUUCGCUUCGAAAAUGGAAACAUCCCGGUACUCGAAGGUGAGCUCAUAGAGGCGGAAGAAGAUCUAGAAGUCCUUGAAGGCACUUUGGAUCUUCGCGAGGACCAACGUCUUUUUCCUGUGGACACGCACGGUGCUGUAAGUAUGGAUCUUCGUGGCGACCUGGUUGAGUCGCGUGGAUUGAGAGACCGUGACGUAGCUGGACCUCGAGGUGGCAAUGCACGUGACCAAGGGGGAAUGACGGAUGACAACGACGAAGCAAGUCCUUCUCAAUUUCGUCCAGAGCAAAUGCCGCCCGGGUUCGGUCGGCCUCACCAACACGCCAAGCUAUAUGUCACUCCGUGUGGAUUACACAUCCGUACAUGCCAACACGCGGUGCAUAUUCAAUGCCUUGAACGCUACAUUACUUCGUUGCAUGACAAAGCUAUGCGUGGUGAAGAAUUUGACGGCGUUCAAGCGAUUGACCCGGAUUCAGCAAUGACGCAGUUUUUGUGUCCUUUGUGCAAAACGCUGAGUAAUUUCUUAGUCCCCGCAUCAGUGCCUCAUCUUUCCAUCGAAAACGGGGAUACGUGUGAACACAAAGGUGCAGUAGGGGCGCCAAUACGCGAUGAAGAAGAAAAAGCUGCUGCUUGGGACGGUAUAGUGGUGGAACAAUUAUCGAUGCCGGGAUGGUACCGCUCAGUGCUUGGCCGCGACGGUAAGUAUGAACAUAAUGACACCGACUCUGAACACGACUCAUGGCGGGAUUAUUACGAGGAAACGCUGUGGGAACCUCAUGGCAGUUUGGAAAAGGGCGCGCCGUUCUUGUGGUCUGCGUGUGCAUUCACCGUGGCCUCGUUUUUGAUUGUCGCGGACGAUGAGCACCGUGCAGACUCAAACUGCAGCUCCGUGUUUGACCCACUCAUCGAUCGCUGUCCUCCAUCGAUGGAGAAAGAGUUUGAGUCACUAAUAGCAGUCACGAAGUUCUGUAGAUGGACGUUCUCACUUUUAGAGCAUGGCGCUGACGCGAAGGUGAUUUGGGAAACCGCGAAACGCUGCUGCCCGAUCAAUACCGAGACAAAUCGCGAUUACCGCAAGUAUACUAAGGUCCUCGGCUCAAUCGAUGCCUGUAUACGCGGAACCAUUCUGGGUCUGCUAGUAGCAGACACUUUCACGGCUUUCGUUGUGGCCAGUGUGAUCGCAGAUGGACUCGAGACUAUUUGGCGGUCUAUUCCGGUAUUUAGCGCUGCCGAUCUGUUGCAGCGUCUGCAUGCCGAAUUUUUCCAGCCUGAUAAGCUUGAGGCGCUAUCGCUGUUUCCAGGCGAAUCCUCUGCCGACGCAAUGAGCGAAACUACGGAGCCAGAGCACCAAGAAGCUACAGCUGCGACUAGCGACUCCGUUUCGGCUCCGCGUCGCACUCGAAGUGGUCGUACUAUCGGCUAUGCCGCGAAUACGCGAUCUACUCAGGCCCCCACAAAGACCGCGCAACAGUUGAUGCAAGCAAUGGAAGCUUUGGGCGAGGGCGACUCUGAGGCAUACGCUGUGCUGCAGCUUUUGCAGCGAAUGGCAAGGGUGUAUUCUUCCGAGCAGUUGAAGCCACUCACAACAACAGGCGAUGUAAACGCGCGGCUGAAGCAAAUCGUGGACGCAAACAAUGCUUUCGUGCGCCGUAUGAAGCUAUUCUGGUGCUGUCUGGCGAACGAAGGUACCGGCGCACCCAAGAGCACUAGGACGAUACAGAUUCCAACAUUGGUCGACGUGGCCCGCAGUUCCGAUGCCACAUUUGACCAGAUUUGGCGAUGGUGUAUGGACCGUAUGCUCAGCAAGACCUACUUGGGAACUUUGAGAGCCGGCGACAAGUGUGAACACACUGAAGGCUGCAGCGAAGCCUAUGUUGCCAGCAUGUUUAUUCUGCGUGACGUGCCGACGCGACCACGAUUAAUCGAGUUGCCUGUCCAGUUCGACGAGCUUUACAGCGAGAUGGCAGGCCGUAAAUGCACACGGUGCGAAAAAGCGCCCUGCGACCCGGGUUUGUGCUUGAUAUGCGGCGAGUACCUGUGCUGCGGAGACUCGUGUUGCACUCGCACAUUCAUGCCGCAUGGGCCACCGGUUGGCGAGUGCACGCGCCACGCUGCAGAAUGUGGAGGUGGUGUCGGCAUUGUGCUUCUGCUCGAACAGUGCCGCAUCGCGGUUAUUGGAGGCAGUAUGGCAGCGUACUUCCCAUGUCCAUAUGUUGACUCCCAUGGAGAAGAAGAUGUUGGUCUUCAGCGAGGGAGACCGCUCCGGCUAGAUAUGGCCCGCUACCGGUAUCUAGAGUCACUGUGGCUCAAGCACCGUAUUUUCACGGAGGUCUCGCGCCAGCGUAACCAGCGAGACCCACAGUACACGAUCAACCUGUCGUACUUAUAG